UCCUCCUGUGAGGACAUGCCCCACAGAGCUCAGGACCUCCAACUGUGGACCAGCUUGGAUCUUUUCUCUCUAGACUCCAGAGACGGAGGAACUGCUUCUUCUCUUUGAAGCUGAUUGUAAUUCAGGAAUCUGUAAGAUGCCGUUGCCCCGUUCCCUGUCCAUGACGUCCCUGAGCGGGCUGCUGCCGGCUUGGGAGGAGGACGAGCUUCCCGUGGAAGACCUGCUGCUGUUUGAAGUGGCCUGGGAGGUCACCAACAAGAUUGGAGGCAUUUAUACGGUCAUCCAAUCCAAGGCGAAGAUCACAGUUGAUGAAUGGGGGGAGAACUUCUACAUGAUGGGGCCGUACUUUGAGCACAACUUUAAGACUCAGGUGGAAGGUUGUGAUCCGCCUAACGCUGCUGUCAGGAAGGCCAUGGAUGCUCUGAUUCACAAUGGCUGCCAGGUUCACUUUGGCCGCUGGCUGAUUGAGGGUAGCCCCUUCGUGAUUCUGUUUGACAUCAACUCAGCUGCAUGGAAUCUGGACCGCUGGAAGGGGGACCUGUGGGAGGCCUGCCACAUCGGCUUGCCGUUUCAUGACAGAGAGGCCAACGACUCCCUCAUCCUGGGCUCCUUGAUCGCCUGGUUCUUCAAAGAGUUAACAGACCACCUUGGAGACAAGCCCAACGUCAUUGCCCACUUCCAUGAGUGGCAGGCAGGCCCUGGUCUCGUUUUGUCUCGGACCCGGAAGAUUCCCAUGGCCACGGUCUUCACCACACAUGCCACUCUGCUGGGAAGAUAUCUUUGUGCUGGAAAUGCGGACUUUUACAACAACCUGGAUAAGUUCAAUGUUGACAAAGAGGCAGGACAAAGGCAGAUCUACCAUCGAUACUGCCUGGAGCGAGCAGCAGUGCACUGUGCUCAUGUCUUCACCACCGUGUCCCAGAUCACCGCUGUGGAAGCCAACCACAUGCUGCACAGGAAACCAGAUGUGGUGACACCAAAUGGGCUGAAUGUGAAAAAAUUCUCAGCCAUGCAUGAGUUUCAGAACCUGCACUCCACCAGUAAGACCCGCAUCCAGGAAUUUGUCCGUGGACACUUCUAUGGGCAUCUUGACUUCAACUUAGAUAAAACCCUGUUCUUUUUCAUCGCUGGACGCUACGAGUUCUCCAACAAAGGAGCUGAUAUCUUCCUUGAAUCGCUGUCCAGACUCAACUAUUUGCUGCGGGUUCACAAAAAUGAUGUGACAGUGGUAGUUUUCUUCAUCAUGCCGGCUAAAACCAACAACUUCAACGUGGAGUCACUAAAGGGCCAAGCAGUCCGCAAACAGCUGUGGGACACAGCACACACUGUAAAGGAGAAGUUUGGUACGAAGCUCUACGAUGCUUUGCUGAAAGGGCAGAUGCCUGACAUGAACUCCAUUCUGGACCGAGAUGACUUCACUAUUAUGAAAAGAGCCAUCUUUGCCACUCAGAGACAGAGUCUUCCUCCGGUGACCACGCACAACAUGCUGGAGGAUGCCACAGAUCCCAUCCUGUCCAGUGUCAGACGCACCGGCCUCUUUAACUCUAGGAAUGACCGUGUGAAGAUCAUCUUCCACCCUGAGUUUCUGUCCUCCACAAGUCCUCUGUUACCGAUGGACUAUGAGGACUUUGUCCGCGGCUGUAACCUUGGAGUGUUUCCUUCCUACUAUGAACCAUGGGGAUAUACACCUGGUGAGUGUACUGUUAUGGGCAUUCCCAGUGUGACCACCAACCUGUCAGGUUUUGGCUGUUUUAUGGAGGAGCAUGUGUCAGACCCUGCAGCCUACGGUAUUUACAUUGUUGACCGACGGUUCCGAUCACCUGAAGAGUCGUGUAACCAGCUGACCCAGUUUAUGUUCAGCUUUUGCCAGCAGUCUCGGCGUCAGCGCAUUAUCCAGCGGAACCGCACUGAGAGGCUGUCCGAUCUGCUGGACUGGAGAUACCUUGGAAGGUUCUACAUAUACGCACGCCAUCUGGCUCUCAGCAGGAGUUUUCCAGACAAGUUCAACAUGGAUCCCAAAGCUCCUCUGAAGACGGAGGGUUUCCGUUACCCUCGACCCUCCUCCGUGCCCCCCUCUCCCUCUGCUUCCCUCCACUCCACUCCCCACCACAGUGAUGCAGAGGAUGAUGAUGACGAUGAACCAUAUAAUGAAGAUGAGGAGGCUGAGAGGGACCGGCUGAACAUCAAGACUCCGUUUGUUCUGGGAGACGUUCCGGAGGGCAAGAAGAAGCAGCCUGGAGAGUCAGGAAACUGAACCUGAGCAGGAGCAGCUGUUCUCAGUCCGCUGGCCUGGGGGACACCUCCGUCCCUCCCAUGAAAUAAAUCUACAAGUGUCUCCGCGUCCUCUGAAAAUCAGGGUUCUAUCAACAUUUGAAGAGCUGAAACUGGUUUAACAGAAUCGGUAAACAUGAACCCAUAGACGAGGAGAAAGGUCACGCCUGAUUCACGACUCUAAUUAGUGAUUAAAUAUUGGAUUUGAUGCCACAAGCA